CACACUGGAGACUGGAAGCUCUCAGGUGAAGGUAGAAAGUGUGUGUGAGCUGAUGUGAAUUCAGCAGCAUGGAUCAGUGUGAGGACAGAGAGGAGGGAGUCCCUCCCUCUAAAACCACUCUGUGUGGGGAAGAUGAGCCCCAGAGCAAAGGUCAGAGGAUCCAUCAGAGACUCAAACCAGAACCAGAACCAGAACCCAGCUGUGUGUCCUUUAAGAGCAACAUGUCAAAGUAUGUGAUCACUCACUUUAAAUCUCCUGGAUCUCCACCAUCAGAGAGAAUGGACCAGCAGAGCUCAGAGGUUGCCAGUGGUCCGUCUGCCCAGCAGCAUCAAACACAUCUGGACUCCAUAUUUAUGCUGCUGGAGGACAAUAUUGUCACUUUUGUGAAAAAUGAGCUGAAAAAGAUUCAGAAGGUUCUGAGUCCUGAUGACCCAGAAUGUUCAGAGAAUCAGAGAGAGGAUGAUGAUGUGUUGGAAGGUGAGGAUGAAGAGCAGAGAAGGAGCAACACAGAGGCAAUGAUGAAGAUCACACUGAACAUACUGAGGAGGAUGAAGCAGGAGGAGCUGGCUGACCGUCUGCAGAGCAAACAAUUUGCUGCAGUUUGUCGACAUUAUCAUAAAUCUGGUUUGAAGAACAAGUUCCAGUCUGUGUUUGAGGGGAUUGCUAAAGCAGGAAGUCCAACCCUUCUGAACCAGAUCUACACAGAGCUCUACAUCACAGAGGGAGGGACGGGAGAGGUCAAUGAUGAACAUGAGGUCAGACAGAUUGAAACAGCAUCCAGAAAACCACACAGACCAGAAACAACAAUCAGACAAGAAGACAUCUUUAAAGUCCCACUUGGAAGAGAUCAACCAGUCAGAACAGUGAUGACAAAGGGAGUGGCUGGCAUUGGGAAAACAGUCUUAACACAGAAGUUCACACUGGACUGGGCUGAAGACAAAGCCCACCAGAACAUCCAGUUCAUAUUUCCAUUCACCUUCAGAGAGCUGAAUGUGCUGAAAGAGAAAAAGUUCAGCUUGGUGGAACUUGUUCAUUAUUUCUUUACUGAAACCAAAGAAAUCUGCAGCUUUGAACACUUCCAGGUUCUGUUCAUCUUUGAUGGUCUGGAUGAGAGUCGACUUUCGCUGGACUUCCACAACAAGGAGAUCCUGACUGAUGCUACAGAGUCCACCUCAGUGGACGUUCUGCUGACAAACCUCAUCAGGGGGAAACUGCUUCCCUCUGCUCUCCUCUGGAUAACCACACGACCUGCAGCAGCCAAUCAGAUCCCUCCUCAGUGUGUUGGCAUGGUGACAGAGGUCAGAGGGUUCAAUGACCCACAAAAGGAGGAGUAUUUCAGGAAGAGAUUCAGAGAUAAGGAUCAGGCCAACAGGAUCAUCUCCCACAUAAAGACAUCACGAAGCCUCCACAUCAUGUGCCACAUCCCAGUCUUCUGCUGGAUCACUGCUACAGUUCUGGAGGAUGUGUUGGAGACCAGAGAGGGAGGAGAGCUGCCCAGCACCCUGACCGAGAUGUACAUCCACUUCCUGGUGGUUCAGACCAAAGUGAAGAAGGUCAAGUAUGAUGGAGGAGCUGAAACAGAUCCACACUGGAGUCCAGAGAGCAGGAAGAUGAUUGAGUCUCUGGGAAAACUGGCUUUUGAUCAGCUGCAGAAAGGAAACCUGAUCUUCUAUGAAUCAGACCUGACAGAGUGUGGCAUCGAUAUCAGAGCAGCCUCAAUGUACUCAGGAGUGUUCACACAGAUCUUUAAAGAGGAGAGAGGUCUGUACCAGGAAAAGGUGUUCUGCUUCGUCCAUCUGAGUGUUCAGGAGUUUUUGGCUGCUCUUCAUGUUCAUCUGACCUUCAUCAACUCUGGUUCUGACGUGAUGAAAGAAACACAAAGAUCUAAGAAAUCUUCAUUACUUAAUAAAUCUCACCUAAAAUCUCUCCAUCAGAGAACUGUUGACCAGGCCUUACAGAGUCCAAAUGGACACCUAGACUUGUUCCUCCGCUUCCUCCUGGGACUUUCACUGCAGACUAAUCAGAGACUCCUACAAGGUCUGCUGACAAAGACAGGAAGUAGCUCACAGACCAAUCAGAAAACAGUUCAGUACAUCAAGGAGAAGAUCAAUGAGAAUGUGUCUGCGGAGAAAAGCAUCAAUCUGUUCCACUGUCUGAAUGAACUGAAUGAUCGUUCUCUAGUGGAGGAGAUCCACCAGUUUCUGAGUUCAGGAAGUCUCUCCACAGAUGAACUGUCUCCUGCUCAGUGGUCAGCUCUGGUUUUCAUCUUAGUGUCAUCAGGAAAAGAUCUGGAUGUGUUUGACCUGAAGAAAUACUCUCCUUCAGAGGAGGUUCUUCUGAAGCUGCUGCCAGUGGUUAAAGCCUCCAACAAAGCUCUACUGAGUGUCUGUAACCUCUCAAAGAGAAGCUGUGAAGCUCUGUCCUCAGUUCUCAGCUCCCAGUCCUCCAGUCUCAGAGAACUGGACCUGAGUAACAACAACCUGCAGGAUUCAGGAGUGAAGCUUCUCUCUGCUGGACUGAAGAGUCCAAACUGCAACCUGGAAACUCUCAGACUGAGUGACUGUAACCUCUCAGAGAGAAGCUGUGAAGCUCUGUCCUCAGUUCUCAGCUCCCAGUCCUCCAGUCUCAGAGAACUGGACCUGAGUAACAACAACCUGCAGGAUUCAGGAGUGAAGCUUCUCUCUGCUGGACUGAAGAGUCCAAACUGCAACCUGGAAACUCUCAGCUUAUCAGGCUGUUUGGUCUCAGAGGAAGGCUGUGCUUCUCUGGCCUCAGCUCUGACCUCCAACCCCUCCCAUCUGAAAGAGUUGGACCUGAGCUACAAUCAUCCAGGAGACUCAGGAGUGAAGCUGCUGUCGGCUGGACUGAAGGAUCCACACUGGAGACUGGAAGCUCUCAGACUGAGUGGCUGUAACCUCUCAGAGAGAAGCUGUGAAGCUCUGUCCUCAGUUCUCAGCUCCCAGUCCUCCAGUCUCAGAGAACUGGACCUGAGUAACAACAACCUGCAGGAUUCAGGAGUGAAGCUUCUCUCUGCUGGACUGAAGAGUCCAAACUGCAACCUGGAAACUCUCAGCUUAUCAGGCUGUUUGGUCUCAGAGGAAGGCUGUGCUUCUCUGGCCUCAGCUCUGACCUCCAACCCCUCCCAUCUGAAAGAGUUGGACCUGAGCUACAAUCAUCCAGGAGACUCAGGAGUGAAGCUGCUGUCGGCUGGACUGAAGGAUCCACACUGGAGACUGGAAGCUCUCAGGGUGGAGCCUGCUGGAGUCCAAUUCUUGACACCAGGUCUGAGGAAGUAUUCCUGUCAACUCACCAUCGACACAAACACAGUGAACAGAGAACUCAAACUGUCUGAAGACAACAGGAAGGUGACAUGUGUGAAGGAGCUUCAGUCAUAUCCUGAUCAUCCAGACAGAUUUGAUUACUGGCCUCAGCUGCUGUGUAGAACUGGUCUGACUGGUCGCUGUUACUGGGAGGUUGAGUGGAGAGGAAGAGUUAAUAUAUCAGUGAGUUACAGAAGAAUCAGGAGGAAAGGAAGCAGUGAUGACUGUUUGUUUGAAAGGAAUGAUCAUUCCUGGAGUCUGAGAUACUCUGAUUAUGAUGGUUACUCUGUCUGGCACAAUAAGAUAAAAACUCGUCUCUCCUCCUCCUCUGACUCUAACAGAGUAGCAGUGUAUGUGGACUGUCCUGCUGGCAUUCUGUCCUUCUACAGAGUUUCCUCUGACUCACUGAUCCUCCUCCACACCUUCAACACCACAUUCACUGAACCUCUGAUUCCUGGAUUUGGGUUCUGGCCCAGUUAUGGUUCCUCAGUGUUUCUGUGCUGAGUUGAGUCUAAAGAGUCUAAAGAUUUUCAUCCUGCUAGAAAAUCUCUCACUGAUUAAAAGAUAGUUCAGUCUCUA